AUGAACAAAGAAUCUGGUUCGGAACAUGUGUAUGACCAAUCCUCCUCAAAUAUUGAAAGGACAACAAUCCAAGAUAUCACCUGUGAUGGUGAUAUCAUUGCUAUGGGUUCAAAUUUAUACAGAAAAAGUGAUUUAAUUAAAAUUCUAUCAGAAAACAAUGGCCUUGCGUAUGCUCCUCAACAUCAACAAUCAACUGCAAGAAAAUUAGCUAAUCCAGUUCCAUUAGGCUUAGCUUCAUUCUCUUUGUCUUGUUUGACUUUGUCUUUAGUUAACGCUAACGUUCGUGGUGUUACUGAAAAUAAACUUUUGAUUUCAACAUUUAUGUUCUUUGGUGGUGCUAUUGAAUUAUUUGCUGGUUUACUAUGUUUUGUUACUGGUGACACAUAUGCCAUGACCGUGUUCUCUUCUUUCGGUGGUUUUUGGAUUUCUUACGGUUGUAUUAACACAGAUCAAUUUCAUAGUAUCUCAGCCUAUGCAGAUGAUCCAGUAAUGUUACAAAACGUAACAGGUUUCUUUUUAGCUGGUUGGGUGGUUUUCACGUUUUUGGUCUUAAUGUGCACAUUAAAGAGUACGUGGGGUUUAUUUGGUUUGCUAUUCACUUUGGAUCUAACUUUCUUAUUUCUGUGUAUCGGUAAUUUCAUUGGUAAUAACAAUGUUAAGAUGGCAGGUGGUUAUUUCGGUAUCAUCAGUAGCUGUUGCGGUUGGUAUUCGUUAUACUGUAUGCUUGCAGACUCAAAGAAUACAUACUUUCCAAUACCUGCUACCACUAUGCCAAAUUUCCCAGACGCUUAA